AUGUUCAAAUAUUCUGUCCGUUUUGAUUCUGAGGAUGGAGCGCUUGCGGCGAUGUCCAUUGACCUGGGUUCGGAAUUCAUCAAAAUUGCCAUCGUAAAGCCUGGAGUGCCUAUGGAAAUUGUACUCAACAAGGAAAGCCGUCGGAAAACUCCACAUACCCUAGUUAUUAGGAACAAUGAGCGCUUUUUCGCCGAAGCUGCAGCCGCUAUGGCAGUCAAGUACCCGCAGGCUGGAUAUCAACAUAUUCUCUCACUUUUGGCCAAGCAGAAUGGUGAUCCUAGUGUUGAACUAUAUAAGAAAAGGUUCCCGUUCGUGGCGUUGGGCUUUGACGAAGUGAGAAAAACCGUAGUAUUUCCGUCAGAUAACGUCACAUACAAUGUGGAAACUCUGCUUGCCAUGAUUCUUUGGUCAGCUAGACAGACAACUGAAGCUUAUGCUGGGCAGAGGGUUAAGGAUUGUGUGAUUGCGGUACCCAUCUACUUCAACCAAGCAGAGCGUCGUGCUCUCGUUACCGCGGCCGAUAUUGCCGGUUUAAAUUUACUUCAACUCCUAAAUGACGGAACUGCUGCUGCUCUUAAUUACGGAGUAUUUCGGAGAAAGGAAAUUACGGAUAAGCCCCAAACGAUGAUGAUCUACGACAUGGGAGCAACGAAGACCACGGCCACUAUUGUCGAGUACGUCCUUGAGCCCGAUAAGACCAGCAAGGUUUCCAAGACAUCAAACCCUGUCGUGAAAACCAUAGGAGUUGGCUACGAUAGGACUUUAGGAGGAUACGAGAUUUCACUCAGAAUGAGAGAUCAUUUGGUGAAGGUCGUUCGUGAAACUAUGAAAACAUCUACAGACAUUACCGAAAGUCCAAGAAGCAUGGCGAAGUUGUUAAAGGAAGCUGAUCGUGUCAAACAGGUACUAUCUGCCAACAAGUACCAUUUCGCACAAGUUGAAGGCCUCCAUGAGGAGCAAAACUUCCGCGCCAAGGUAACUCGUGAAGAACUGGAGGAACUGAUCACCGAUUUGGAGCCUCGUUUCAUCCAGCCCAUCACAGAUGCUUUGGUUAUGGCUGGUAAGACGAUGGAACAGAUAGAUCAGUUCGUAUUGAUGGGAGGUGGAACUCGAGUGCCAAAAAUUCAAGAGGUGCUGAAAACUGUGCUAAAUGGAAAGGAAAUUGGACAUUUUCUCAAUACUGAUGAGGCAAUCGCUCUCGGAGCCGUGUAUCAAGCCGCUGAUCUUUCCAAAUCAUUUAGAGUCUUGCCGUUUGGUGUUAAAGAAAUGGUGUUGUAUCCGAUCCAAGUCGCUUUCAAAACAAAGUCUGAAGAUGGGACCUACAAGGACGUUGCUCGUCAGAUCUUCGGACAUAAAUCUUUCUACCCUACAAACAAGAAAAUUAUAACUUUCCAGUCUUACACUGACGAUUUUGAGGUUGACCUUCGAUACGGAGCUUUGGAGCAUUUGAAUGAUGAACAGAAAAAACAAUUUGGAUCAACAGAAGUGGCACAAAUCUCUGUCAAAGGACUUGCACCAGCAAUCGAAAAUAAUGGAUCUUGUGCGGAGUGUGAAAUCAAGGGUGUGAAGACUACUUUCGGCGUUGAUCUUUCCGGUAUUGUUUAUGUUACAAAGACGGAUUUUGUAGUGGAUCAGAAACCAUCAGCAGAG